AUUCUAUUGCUGUCACCCCAAAUGGCUUGUUGAUUCUUUCUCUGAACAAAGGGACAUAUCAACAACUUGGACUUGAAGGAAGACGAUCUUUCUUUCAGAGAGACUCUGAUAGAUACAUUCUGUGCUUGACAAGUGCAUUCUGUUAGUAACAAUGCCUAAGAAAAAACAACCCUUAUCUUUAGAAAGAUUGAGUCUUGCAGCUGUUGGUCAGUUUGUGGCACACAUAGGCCGCAUCAUGAUAUCUCCAGAAUCACCUAUUUCACAUGAAAUGCCAACUCAACGUCCUGAGUAUUUGCAGAACACCUUCCAAUGGCUGAAUGAACUAUUAUACUCAAGUGUUCCUAGAUCUCUGUUUGAUAAAAUGGCUACUCAUAUUUUAACAUCAGUGAGUGAAUUAAUAAAAGAAACAAAAGAUUCUUAUAGCCAGGAUCAACCUAUGUGGCUCUUUCUCAAUAAAAUGAAUAUAGUUGUUAAGUUAACAGAAGUUGCAGUCAACUAUCAUCUACGUGAAAUGAAUAUCUCAGUGUGGCCAAAAAUUAUGAGACAUGUUUUGUAUCAAACAUUAGAGAAGAUGACUGGCCUUGAAACUUUGAAUCUUGGAUCUGGUUCUGGUGGCUGGAAAACUUCUGACUUUGAAAAGACAGUUAUACAGGGCAUCACAGCAAUGAAAAAUUUAGUAUCGCUUUGUCUUUGUUUUGACUGUACUGAUCAUAUUAUAUCAAUUGUAGCAAACAACUGUAGUAGGUUACGAAUCUUAGAUGUUACUUCUUCACGCUCUGUAACUGAUCGCAGUAUACCAUCUUUAUUGAAUUGCCAGGAUUUGAGGCAGUUACUGUUAUAUCGAACUUCUGUAUCUAUUGAAGGCUAUGCUGAAUUGUUAGUGGGUUUAAAAAACUUAAGAGAUCUUGGGCGCUGUGAUGAAUUUGGCACCAUUCUUGAACAUUUACGGUUUUCCGGCACAUAUUCUCAUCCACUGGGAUUACAUAUUUUCCAGAGCCGAGAUGUGACAACCUAUCAUUUAAAUUUACUUAUAGAGAUGUGUCCUUGUGUCAGACAUGUUUCCAUUUACCAUGAUGAAAGAAUUAGUGACCUUACAGUACUUGCAGCUCUAAAUGAUUUAAGAGAACUGAAACUUAUGUCUUGUGAUUUUUAUACUGACCAUGUCAAGCUUUUGUUGGAAGUCAAAGGACAAAAUCUGACAUGGUUGCACCUUGAACAUGUGGAAGAAAUCGAUCUAAAUGCACUUAUAUACAUUAGCCAGUUUUGCCCAAACUUAAAAAAAUUAGUUUUUUAUAACUGUGAUUUUCUAGAGCAUACAUCUGUAUCAAUGAAGACACUUUCAGUUAAACCUUUCCAGUAUUUGGAAUACAUAAUGUGUGUUGUAGACUGUGCACUUGUACAUCUUGAAUUUUUAUUAUCUAGUUGCUUCAACAUUAAGUAUAUACAGUUAGGUUCCUCUACUGGUAUUGGUGAUGACACAAUGGCUAAAGUUCUGUCAGUCAACCCAAUGCAAAAACUUGAAGAAUUAAAAAUUUUGUAUAGUGAUAAUUUGAGUAUGCAUACUGUAAAUUUGUUAAUGAACCACUGUGAUAAUCUCAGGGUUUUGUCUGAACUAGAAAGUUGGCAAGGAAUCUCUCCAGCUGAGCUUCAGCAAUUUCGGGAACACCUGAAAAAUAGUAACACUGAUUUGGAUGUGAGACCAACUCUGUCAUACUAGUGCAUUGUGGUCGAUUCCUAAUUGUGUAUAACAUUGUGUUGUUAGAAGUGAAGCAACGCAGAUCGAAUGUAAUUAUUUGCUGCUGCAUUACUCUGUGAUGUUGGCAUCAAAUUGUAAUAAUGUUUGUGAUAGCAAUGGUACCUGAGGUACAAAAAAACCAGCAGAUGUUGGUAAAUGUGUGAAUAUAUUUUGUGGCAGUGUUGUAAGAAAUGCUUAUUUUUAUAAGUCUUUCAUGAGGCUAUUAAGAAAGUUUGAGUAUUGCAUUGUACAUAUUUGAUGUAUUUAGUGGUACUUGCUACGUCAGAAGACUGUAAUAAUGUAACACAGAAAAAAAAAUGUUGCAAGGUGCUGUGGACUCAGCAGAAUUAAUUACAUGGAUAGUUGAACAAUAUUGAUGGGUUAAUCAUAGUUGUU